CAAAAAGUCGUCCCAGUUUUUGGUUUAAUUCGGUGUUUUUCUAAUAGCCACCAGCCAGACCCUCAGAGCCGUUUAAUUGUUUAAUUCGAAGGUUGCGCCUCUAUCCAGAUUUCCAGAGACCAGAACCUCCCAAGACUGUUCAGGACUGUGGACCUGUGGUGUUACCUCUGCCGACAGUUCGAAAUUCGAAUGCCGCAGGCAUCCGGUAUUACAUAGUGCCACACUUGUCUGGCUUUUUUCACACGAAAAAAUGGAAAGGACCAAGUCCUCGUCGGGACGCGGCAGCAAGAGCAAGGCGCCGCAGUUUCCCCAGGAUUUGUACGUCCUGGGAGCGAAAGGCAGCUCGGCCGAUAACAAGCAGAGAAACGCACCGGCGAACAGCGGACCCAAAGCUACGUUACCUCAGUCUUCAGGUGAGAGAGAUAGAAAGCGUGAUGGCCCUGCUUUAUCAUCGUCGAUUCCCUCAAAAAAGUCUAAGUUAUCGAGCGGUUUGGGCCAGCGUGCAGGAGUUACAACUUCUGGGAGUUCGUCUUCAAGCAGUUCCUCUUCGUCAACUGACACAUGGGAAUCAUUAGCGCUCGAAGUUGACACACCAGAAUUGGUUCCUAACGUUAUGGAAGCAUUAGAGAACGAUGAACAAGACAAAUGUAUUGGUUUAAUUUGUGGUGCGAUUAAAUUACUUAAAGGGCAGAGGUUCAAAGUAGACUCAAUACUCUAUAUCGGAUUGUCUUACCUUUCAAAAAUUAAAAGUUCCCUAUUCACAAACGAAUUCAUCGUCGCUGGGCUCAGUUCUCUUUUAAAAAGGGAAAUUGUGAGUUCUUCAUUUAAAACACUUCCUUCAAAAAUGAAUAUCAUUACAGCCCUUUUAGCGAUAAACAUCAUCAACAAUUCUUUCAAAGAAAUAAAGAAAUGGCCUGAAAGUUUGUUAAAGCUAUACUUGGAGGAUGCUGGCGGCGACAGGAACUGGGUUGACCAUGAUCUCGCCAAGAAUUUUGUAGAGAAUAUUAUCUAUUCUUUGGGCACGAAGCACAGCUCAGCCAUCCUGCCCGAAAUAGCCGGUCGGCCAGAACAACAAGAAGAUGACAUCGUGACGACAAUUAAAAUGACACUCUCGGAGCCAUUCAUGGUCGAGACAUUUACACCCGCUACAAACCGAUUUCGUUGGAACAAGGAUUCUGUUGAAAAUAUCGUUUUGGAAACUGUUAAGGAACAGUUGUCAAGAAGACAGAGUAUUGAUCUUAUAAACAGAAAUUUUCUCAGGAUGUUAACUGCCUUGUGUGGAGUAUCCGAGGUGAGACUUUUGAUCACGCCAAGACUGGAAGCCUGGAUACAGAACCCAAAACUGACACGCUCAGCACAAGAGCUUCUUAUGUCGGUCUGCGUCAAUUGCAGCACACAUACAAAAAAGGAUAUUGAAGUUAUUAGCUCACUGAUCAAGAUGAGGCUGAAGACAAAAGCGCUCAGCAGUUAUUACCAGCUGUGUAUUAAGGAGCUUGUAACAGCACAUCCAGACAAUUUGGGCACAAUGUUAAAGCACACAAUUUACAAUGAGUUGUCCAGCUCUCGCAAUCCAAACAACAUGACGAUGCUCAGUGUGAUUUUUCAGUGCAAUCCGCUGUCAGCAGCAGAUCAUUUAGCUACCAUAUUUUUAGAGCUUUUAAUGCAUCGAGAUGAUUUCUUAAGACCACUGAGAGGCCUACUUCGUGAGUUGGCAAGAGUCCUUAGGCAUGAAUUGAAACUGCAGGAUUUCUGUAGGGGUCUCAUGUCGCACACGGAGCCACUGUCACGAGAGAUUGACAGCAGCAGGUCAUUCAUGUCAACGGUUGAUAUAAUCUCCCUUUGCAUUUUCCUUGCCGUUAUGCCUCAUGCGAGGACUGAAAAAAAAGAUUUGACACAAAUGGAAAAGAUGCAGUUUACAAUUUCUACCAUUCAGUGUGACGCGAUUUGGUGGCUGAAUGAGACUGUCUUGAGCGUUUACAAGCCAUCGCCUGCAGAUUACACGCAUGCACUUCAGAAGGUCUUGUUGUUAGAGCCAGCAGAACAAUACUACAAGACUGAUAAUUGGCCACCGGAUCAAGACAGGUCAUUGUUUAUGAGAAUGGCUUCAGAGGCACCAGUUUUUGAGAAGACCAUUAUCACAAUAUUAAUGAUCGGGUUGUCAAAAGAGCAUCCCCUUUCACCUUCUGACGCUCUGGAUCUAGCACUUGAAAUCACAAAGCGUGCAGCUGCUGUCAAUAACCCAAUCACUCCGAUACUUAAAUGUGAUCAAAUUCAGAUAUUUGAUCUUGUAUUCAACCUAUCGGCAUACAGGCAUCCCGAUAACAUAGACCUUCCCAGUGGCUAUAAGCCUCCUUCAUUGGCCAUUUCGUCUCUCUACUGGAAAGGCUGCACCCUUUUGUUGAUUCUUUCAUCACACAAUCCGGAAAAGUUCGGAGAACUGACUUGGAAUAAAUACCCGACACUGAGAAUACUUAUGGAGAUGUGUAUCACAAGCCACUUUGUCUUUCCUCCCGGUUACGAGGAUCUCCAACUACUGACAGUGGAAAAGCAAGGGAUACUUGAAUUCGAAACUCAUCUUGCCGCUGCAUCCACAAAAAUGGAAAUCACGGAACAGUCAUCUCUACUUUUGUCCCAGUUGGUGACGAUGGACCCUCAAGGGCCACCGAGACGCCCUCCACAAGCGACAAUCGAAACGAUUAAAGCAUUGAAUACUCCGUUAAAACUAGGCCAUUUAUUAUGUAGAUCGCGACAGCCUGAUUUUCUUCUUGAUAUAAUUCACAGGCAAGGGUCAUCACAAAGCAUGCCUUGGCUUGCUGAUCUCGUCCACAACUCAGAUGGAGCUUUAAAUCAUCUUCCAGUGCAAUGCCUAUGUGAGUUCCUUCUUAGCUCUGGACAUAAACAAGAAGGAAAAUACCAGCAGCUUUUGAAACAUCUUCAAAAUAUUCUAACAGACGCUAAUCAAGAUCCUGUCAACGCUUGUGAAGUUCUGGAUUAUUUCUUGAGAAGGCUCAGCUCUCCAAACAACCGAGCUUUAGCGAUAGCUGGUUUGAAACUGGUCAUUUCACCUUUGCUUGAUGAAGAUGUGGAUAUGGAUAGAGACAAAUCAUUAAUACUGAAAGAAGAUCCAAGUUGGCUGAUGGACCAGUUGCCAAAGAUUCCACAUUUUGAAGCAGCAAGACCUCAAAUUGUGGCUUCGUUGAGGUCUGCCUGCCAAGUGGAAAAUGAGCCGAACCUUGUCACCGCUUAUCUCUGUUUUCUGUCUCAACACGCCAUCGGUGAUUUGAACGAAAUGGGAGAACUCGUUUUGGACAUGGCUCAGCUCAUAGUGGAACGCAGUACAAUAAUGGCCUCGAUACUCCCGGCCGGCGAAAGGCCGAACCCAGCUCUAGACGCUUUCUUGCAGAUAUUCUACAACUACCUCACAAAAGCCAGGGAGCCUAAAAAGGACAAGUACACUUGGUCCGAGUCUCAGGAUCAGGUCCUCGUUUCUUGGCCGUCAGGAGAGGAGUGCACUGUCUACAUUUUGGUCGUGCAUGCUAUGGUCAUACUGUUAACUUACGGGCCAGAAGCAGUCAGUGCAACUACUCAAUACGUUCACCUUUUAAACACUUGGUUUCCCCAGGAUAUAUCUAAAUCACCUAAGGGCUUCUUAGUGGAUACUUCAGAGGAAGCCCUUCUCAUCCCAGACUGGCUAAAAUUGAGAAUGAUUAGAUCACAUGUUCCACGUCUUGUCAAAGCUGCGUUGACUGAUCUUGAUAUGAAUCAAUUGAUUUUGUUCAUACAAAGUUUUGGAAUACCGAUUGCUUCGAUGAGCAAGUUGUUGGCCACGUUGGACAGUGCAGUGAUUAGUGAUCAGAGUUCUGUCGGUGAUGCUGUGAUCGACAAGACGUACAUGAUACAACUUGUAGAAGUUCAGCACAGGAGAGGUGCUAAAGGCGGUGAAACUUUUACCAGUGUGCUCGACCUACAAGACCCUCAGAAAGUUCAACCUAUGGACAUCGAUCCACUCGUUUUCCCCAAAGAAACAGUCAAAAAGAAAGAUAAAUUCCAGCUUAGUUGCUUUUCGGCUGGACAAGGAAAUUCUCUAUUGGAAACUGUUUUUCUCCCAGCCAAAUCUACUUAUAAUCUCGAGUACCAGUUCGCUAAUUUACUAAGGACAUUGGUCCAGGAAUUUAUAACAAAUGGGAAAACGUACGACAAACCCCUCGUGAAUGAAGUUGUCAGUUUCUUCAAGGUAGUCAUAGAGAAAAACAAUAAAUUCAUUUUGGAAUCUUUAUCGUCAAAACUUCAAUAUUCUUGCCCGUUGUUCUAUCUUCUUUCGAACAUAGCGAUAGAUGAAGACAUCGAAUUUCUCAGGUCGAAAUUGAGCCAAAAGGAAGAAGAUGCAGGGAUUAAGCUGUUGCUCGAUUUAUUAACAAAACGGUCGGAUUCAAGCUUCUGGGGGGAAUCAAAAAUCAAGGAUGCACUGAAAAUGGAUGAAGAUAUCGAAAUGGAAGCUGAACACGAAGAAUGUUCGCUUACUGAAACCAUGAACAAAUUGCUUAUCUGUCGAGACGAAGAUUCCGGCCAUCUUGUCGACAAACUGGUCAAGCUCGAGCCUGAAAUUUUAGGUUCAAAGAUGGAAGUACAGAUGAAGCUUUUAUUUUGCAAGAGAAAAGUCAGCACGCUACAAUGCCGACCAUACUUGCUAACAUUGCUGACGCACCAUGCUAGCUGGAACACCCUGAGCCACUGUGUUGAAAUUCUCCUGAAAAGCGAUUCCGUAGCACAAUAUGAACCAACUCCAGUACUUGAUUUUCUCAAAGCGCUGACCUGUAGCCCAAAACUCUGGCAAGGAAGGGAGAAGCACACUCCUAAACAUUACACUCCAGAAGACGUACUCAAUUUGGACGUUAAUCAAUUGAAAAUUUUAACAGACUACAUAAUCAGCGAAGGCGUUAAUGCUCAGAAUGGUUAUGUCUCGAUAGCAAAUAAAGAUUUAACGUAUCAUCUUUCUCAAAGACUUACACUUCUGUACCAAUGCAUUGUGGCGACAGAAAUAGACUUCGCUGUUGACAUCGCAAAUCACUUGAUGAAAAAAAACUUGCCAUACCCUAAGAAAACUAAAGAAGCUGAAAUGUCUAAACAACUCUUGGUUCAAUUAUAUUUAAAAAUUCCAAGCUUGAUUACGCACCUCUCCGAGAGUGAUAUUAAAAAGUUUUUCUAUAAUUUCUCAGCAUUGUCAGUCGGAGGAUGUUGUACUAUGGAUGUUAUGUCUCACAAUUUGAUAUCAGCCCUGUCGGAGACUUCAAUUUCAAAAGAUUGGAACAAAAAGUCGCAAGAGUUGGAAUUGUGCUUAAGAAAGAUGGCAUCGACUCAUCCUCUUUUAGUUCUCAGGCAAUUGCCAAUGAUAGCUUCGGUUCUCCGAGGCCGAGUUGACCUCGACUGGAACGUCUUCAGCGCAAGAGGCCACUGGCGACUUUUCCAGCAGAUCGCCAACAUUUUAGACUUACUUCAACCGGUCAUUUAUCAGGACCAUUACACGACAUCGCUUCACAAAAUUUUAAACAGCUAUCUCGAAUUAUUUCAAAAUUAUGCCAGAGAGGCGAAUACUUUAUCGCCUUUGGUAGCUCAAUUCGUCUCGUUUUUGGAAGGUUACAUUAAACACAAUAUUAAACAGGUUGAAGCUUUUAUCCAAAACCAAGCUGAGCUCAUACGUGAUUUACAAGAAGAAUAUUCUUAUUUACGAACUUUGUGCGUCAUAAUAUCGAGCAAGGAAUAUGGAAAUGAAGUAAUUAUCACGCCAAUUAACAUAAUAGAAAAUCCAAAUUCUCAGUGGGAAGCACGAGUCGCAUUGACCAAAAAAGACGAUUUGGCGUCUAUACUUCAAUUUUUGGACUUCAACUGCGGGAAAAAACCGAUCGGUGCGUUUUUUUCCUUUUACUGUACACACAUUAAACAUUCGUGCUCUCAAGUGAGAACGACUUGCCACAACAUGAUCGCAAGACACUUGAGGACGAAUCCGAAAGCAGCGUCCGAAGCGAUCCCUUAUUACUUAAACUGCCUAGAAUCCGACAACCCCGAGAUCGUGUUAAACGCUCUCGAAAAGCUCCCUGAAGUGAUGGUCUGCGCCCAAGAAUUAGCACCGCCAGUAUUGCAGAAAGUGUUUUGUUUGGGCAUAACAAAUAACAUCAACACUGCUCCCUGUAUAUCAAGGACGAUUGCACUUCUCAACCUUCAGUCAGCUUGUUGAGAAAUGAGUCUAUUAAAAAUUUAGAUUUAAUUAUUUAUCCUAUGGUAGAUCUAGCUCAUCAUAAAAACAAUUUUCUUUUAUUAUGA